UACCAUCCUGUGUUCAUGUGGUGCUAUUACCCGCCAGUGCACCGUGUGGCGCUGUUCUCAGACGCGCUCUUCUCUCCCGCCGCAAGGUCAAAGUGCGCUCGUAGUCCUUCCCUCACUCGGCGGCAAGGCGUGCGAGUGUGCUACUAUAGCUUAUGCUAUUUAAAUAAACAAUUUUUUCUUCCUCAGUAUCCAUUUAGCUCUACAGUCAUGAGUUUGCCGCUGAACCCCAAGCCCUUUCUGAACGGUCUCACGGGGAAGCCUGUGAUGGUGAAGCUGAAGUGGGGCAUGGAGUACAAGGGCUACCUGGUGUCUGUGGACGGCUACAUGAACAUGCAGCUGGCCAACACAGAAGAGUAUGUGGAUGGAGCAUUGGCGGGUCAUCUCGGAGAGGUGCUCAUCAGGUGUAACAAUGUUUUGUACAUAAGAGGAGUAGAAGAAGAGGAGGAAGACGGCGAGAUGAGAGAAUGAAGAGCGAUUGGAUUUCUUCUUCUAAUCCGAUUGGAUGAUUUAUUGGUUAUUUUGCAGUUUGUCCCAGUUUUAUGUGAAGCUGUGUCUCUUUUCUUUGUAAAAUUGUUAGUUAUUUUUACACUGUAAAAGUUAUUGGUGGCACAAUGACAAAUAAAUUGUGCAGUUUGUA